AUGCCGGAUGUUCGAGCAAGCACGGCUCGACGCCACAUGGACAGAAUACUGACGUUCUCCUGGUUUUGCUCAGCUCUGACAGCGAGCUUCCACUGGAAGCCACAGCUGCUGACCUUCACGGGCGUCGCUCGCGGCGUGGACGGCGCAGUGGAUAGGACCUGGGUCCUCCUGACCCUCGUCAAGCUGCGUCUGCUGGCCACAUUCGCAGGGGCUCUCAGGAGUCUGAUACCUCUCCGCCCUGCUCACCUCCUCAGCAUCUCCCUGGUCGGUUGCACUGGCCCGCACCGUGGCUUAGGCACCCCGGCCCACGUCAACUCAACACUCUCGCUGCUUCGUAAGUUCGGGCGCGAGAUGAGAGGUGGAUGGCUCGGGACGUGGAAUGUGGGCCCUGCUCUUGAAGCCGAGGACACCCGCCGGGUAGCUCAGUCUCCCGGUUGGGUUGAGGUCGCAGGUGUUGCUAACAUUCCAUCCCUUUCGCCCCUCAGUGCCCGCCAGGUCCGGGGUGGCGUCGUCACAAAUAAGUCUGAUUCCUCGGCGCCAAUAGGCUCAAAGAGCCGAGUCGUCAGCGCGAUUGAUUCCUCUGGUGUUCACAGAAAGACUGGAACAGAUAAGUUGUACAAUGACUCACUAAACCCGACUCGGAUGUUGAAACGUUGGUACUUCAUAGACACAGGUUUUAGUGCAGGGUGGGAGAGGCGGCUACAGAUCUGGAUGCAGAAGCCAGAACACACAGGCAGCCACAGGCGAACUGUUAUAGGGCUUGGUAUUCGGAUUAUCGGAGCACCACCUCCAAGAGGAGCAUUUUUCUCGUUGUGCUGGGAUGCUGACAAGUCUGGACUCGCGUUGAGCGGGAUGGAGAGGGAAGUGGAGGUGCACGUUUUGGCCUGGACUAGAGCAGAAUUAAGGAGUCACGAUGUUGUGCAUGUGUCACUGGCACAGAAAGUAUGCAGUUACUGCUCAUGCGUCAUGGCAACGAGUUCUUGCUGA